GCUCCAGCCGGCCAUAUUGGGCUGUGGAAAUAAGGGGCUCUAAUGUUAUAUGUCACCUGGAAAUAACCCCGGGCGUCCGCAAAAAGCAAGCCCCCACCACCACCCUCCACACCACCACCAAGUCCUCUGCACACACACGAGUCCUUGAAAAUGAGCCCGGAUGCCCGGCUCCCGCAGCCCACCGUGUGCCUCACUGGCCUCGGCUUCCUCCUCGCGCUGGUGCCCACAGGGCUGGGCAUGGAGGUCAUGGCUCCUCCCAUCAUCAACGCCUUGAAUGGCACCUCUGUGAAACUCUCCUGCACCUUCAACUCCUGCUACAAGGUGGAAAACAAGCAGUUCUCCCUAAACUGGACGUACCAGGAGUGCAAGAACUGCUCAGAGGAGCUGUUCCUGCAGUUCCGCAUGAAGAUCAUGAACAAGCAGCUGGACCGCUUUGGGAACCGCGUGGAGUUCACCGGCAACCCCACCAAGUACGACGUGUCCUUCACUCUCAACAACGUGCAGCUGGAGGAUGAGGGCACCUACAACUGCUACGUGCUCAACCCCCCGGACCGGCAGCGGGGCCAUGCCAGCAUCAGUCUGAAGGUGCUCACUGAAGAGCCCCCCAAGCGUGACUCGACGGUGGCCGUCAUCGUGGGCGCCUCCGUCGGCGGCUUCCUGGCUGUGGUGAUCCUGGUGCUCAUGGUGGUGAAGUGUGUGCGCCGGAAAAAGCAGCAGAGGCUCAACACUGAUGACCAGAAGACAGAGGAGGAGGGGAAGACGGACGGCGAAGGCAACCCGGAUGAGGGCACCAAGUAACACCCCCCGCCCCGGGCUGCCCUCCCCUCUCCACCCCUGUACAGCCUGUCUCCCUCGAUGUGCUUCUCAGAGCAAGGAUUGCCGUCCCCCUGAGCAUCCCUCCCUCC